AUGUCAUGUCUCCGCCGCUUUCGGAUAGUCCAAUUCCGGGUAAGGCCUUCCCUCAAGCCGACAACCCCUCCACCGACCGAGAAACUCCACGCCGAUGAAGGACGGAGCUUAGUUGAUGAGGUCAAGACGCGUGAGGGGUCGCGUAUGAAACCCUUCGAUUCUCCUCCUUUCCGUCGUCUUUUCGCGGCAGCAGCAGUAGCAGAGAAGAUUUACCAGGUCCGCGAUGUGGGCAUCUAUCACGGCCUGCCUGUCUUCGAUCCCAGCGUCAAAGGUCUCACCGCAGUCGUGACCGGCGCCAAUGGAAUCUCCGGCCACUACAUGGUCAAGGUGUUGGGUCAGGCUCCCGAGCGCUGGUCCAAGAUCUAUUGUCUGUCGCGAAGGCCGCCUGCGAUUGCCGAUGCGCUUCCGGCCAAUGCGGAGCACAUCCCUCUCGACUUUCUGGAGAAGCCGGAGGAGAUUGCCAAGGUCUUGAAGGAGAAAGGGGUGACGGCCGACUACGUCUUCUUUUACAGUUACAUCCAAGUGGCCCCGAAGCCCGGCGCGACGCUGUGGAGCAACGCCGAGGAGAUGUGCACCGUCAACACGACGCUGCUUGCGAAUUUCCUCGAGGCCCUGCCGAUGGCUGGCAUCAAGCCGAAGCGCAUCAUGCUGCAAACGGGUGCAAAGAACUACGGCCUGCACCUCGGCACGGCUGCGAUGCCGCAAGAGGAGUCCGACAAGCGGGUCGACCUCGAGCCCAACUUCUACUACCCGCAGGAAGACUUCCUGUGGAGCUACUGUCGGAAGCACGGCAUCGGCUGGAACGUCUGCAUGCCGUCCUUCAUUCUCGGCGCCGUGCCUGACGCGGCCAUGAACGUGUGCUUUCCUCUCGCCGUCUACGCGGCCGUCACCAAGCACCUGGGCCAGAAGCUGGAGUACCCAGGGGACAUGCGGAGCUGGGAGUCGCCGCAGGUGCAGAGCAGCUCGAUGAUGAACGCGUACAUGGAGGAGUGGGCCGUGCUGACGGAAGCGGCCGCGAACCAAAAGUUCAACACCUUUGACGACAGCGCCUUCACGUGGGGAAAGUUUUGGCCCAAGCUGGCCAAGCUGUACGAUCUCGAGUACACGACGCCGGACGAGGGCGGGCAGUACAAGGAAUUGCCGGCCAAGUACGAGGUUCCGCCGAGAGGCUUCGGUACGAACAACAAAAUCCGCUACAAGUUCACGCUCGUCGAGUGGGCGUCGCGCGAGGACGUGCAGAAGGCGUGGAAAGAACUCGCCGAGAAGCACGACCUGCUGGACAAGGAGUUCAGAGACAUCGAGCGCGUCUUCUCCUUCACCGACGCGGCGCUCAGCUGGAGCCAGAGCAUCUAUUUCAGCUCGGACAAGGCGCGGUCAAUGGGGUGGCAUGGGCACGUGAAUUCGAGUGACAGCAUCUUCGAUGUCUUCAGAGAGUUUGAGAAGAUCAAAAUGGUGCCGCCAGUCCCGAAACCGCGUGAGAGCAGAGGAGCUUGA